UUGAUUCAAUUUUCAUGUCCAGAACAACAGUUUCGCUCUAAAAACGGUAGUCAAGCUCGUCCAUGGAUUCUCAGUUGCUUUUCUACUUUCAAGCAUAGCCCUUCUUUCAGGCCUUGACCAAACUUCGCUCGUUCUCUCUCUGAAACCAGAAGAACAAAACUCGCCAUGAAUGUACAGUUUCAUCAGCUGAGCUUCCCUUUUAGCCAUGUCUCUCUCUGUCUUCCUCCUAUGGCUGGUUAGCAUUCCUCUUCUUGUGCAAUCUCAACCUGUUCCCAAAGGUUUCCUAUUGAGCUGCGGAUCACCGUCGGUUGUAACCUUAGGGAACCUGAAAUAUACACCAGAUGAAGGUUUCGUAUCCGUCGGAAACUCGGCCGCGGUCAAGACAUCCGGCGUGCUCCCCAUAUUGUCCAACGUCCGGUACUUCCCCGACAAGGUGGCUCGAAAAUACUGCUAUAACUUCCCGGUGAGCAAGGGAACCAAGUACCUAGUACGGACUACCUACUACUAUGGAGGUUUUGAUGGAGGAAAAGAGCCGCCGGUGUUUGAUCAGAUCAUAGGAGGAACGAAAUGGAGCACUGUCAACACUACUACUGAUUAUGCAAAUGGACUCAGCUCGUACUAUGAGGUUAUUGUGGCCGCGGCUGGGAAAAUUCUGAGUGUUUGCCUUGCGAGAAAUAGUCGUACGGUGUCCAGCCCUUUCAUAUCGGCGAUUGAGGUGCAGUUUCUUGAUGACUACGUGUAUAAUAGCACGGAUUUUGAGAAUUAUGCGCUCAGUGUUGUGGCUAGAAGUACAUUUGGAAGUGACGAAGACUUGAUUAGCUAUCCAGAUGAUCCAUACAAUCGGUUCUGGCAGCCAUUCAGGGACCAAAACCCAGUUGUGGAAAACAAGUCCUCUGUAAACCCUUCAGAUUUCUGGAAUGUACCUCCAGUGAAGGCAUUUGCAUCAGGAAUCACCACAAGUCGUGGCAAGAAACUAGAAGUAAAGUGGCCGCUGGUGUCCCUUCCAAGUACCAAGUACUACAUUUCCCUCUAUUUCCAGGACAAUCGCAGCCCAAGCCCUUUUAGCUGGAGAGUCUUCAGUGUUUCUGUUAAUGGCAUGAAUUUUUAUACUGAUCUUAACGUCACCCACAAGGGGAUCAUGGUUUAUUCAGCAAAAUGGCCCCUAUCUGGGCAGACAGUGAUCACCAUGACUCCAAAUAGUAACUCGCCUGUUGGCCCUUUGAUCAAUGCUGCUGAAAUUUUGCAGAUUUUCCCUCUUGGUGGGAGGACUAAUACUAGAGAUGUGAUGGCAAUGGAGGAUUUAGCAAGAAAAAUAGAUCACCUGCCAUCUGAUUGGAGUGGUGAUCCAUGCCUUCCUACUGAGAACUCAUGGACUGGAGUUACAUGUUCUAAAGAUAAAUUGGCUAGAGUUGUCUCUCUGGAUCUGACAAACCUGGGGCUUACUGGCGCUCUACCUCCAAGCAUAAACAACUUGAGUGCACUCACACAUCUCUGGGUAGGAGGGAACAGACUGUCUGGUCCUCUCCCAGACAUGAGCUCAUUGAAGAAACUACGAACUCUGCAUUUGGAGAACAAUCAGUUCACAGAAUCUAUACCCGCAUCACUAACCCAACUUCCAGAGCUACAUGAGUUGUUCCUCCAAAAUAACAAACUUGAGGGCCAAGUCCCUACUGCACUACAACAAAAAAGCGGCUUGAAAAUUAAGGUCUCUCCUGAGAAUUCAGCCUCAGCAUGGUAAAAGAUGGAAGGGAGUAAAGGCAAGUUUAUUUUUUGUCUCAAAAUAGAAAGGAAAUAUAAGAUUUGAGAUUGCUGCUAAUGAAAAUGGAACAAAGAAAAGCAACUAAAUUAUAUGCUAAAAUCACUUCUGUGUGUAAAGAAAUUGGGAAGUUUUGGUCUUGCAAUGAUUAACCAAACAAGUACAAAGAUGGAGCCUAGUUAGCUUUUCUUCUGGGAUUAGUCUAUAGAGAGGGAGAAAGGGGGGAAGAGGGAGAGUGAGAUUCGGCUUUACUCUGUUGGCUUAAUUUGGGAAGGUCUCUCAUACAUAUAUACAUAUAUAUAUAUAUGUACAUGUAAACAAUGCAAUGCUGGCUUAGCAUGCAAUUGUUUCAUUAGCAAAUUCAUGGAGUGCAGAAAA